UUUUUCAGUAAACAGUUGUAGCUUUUUAUUUCAAAAUCUCCCUUGAAAUUCUUGUAAAAUUCUAUCAUGGCAGACACUGAGAUACAAUUCGACAAGCAGGACCUUUGCAUUUUUCACCUUAUCUGGGCACAAUGACGGGCAAAGUGGACUUACUGGCAGAAUUGCCACAACUGCUGCAUAUAAUGGCGAGUCACAGCAUCAUUUCCAGGAGCACCGUCACGGAGAGUAUGGCCAAGUUCGCCUUGAAUAAGCUGGCCGUUUCCGAUGCGCAUGAGAAGACGGUGAUACGACUCCUCCUAUCCAUUGAGGAGAAGUUCCGAGAGUACUUCGACACCUACAAGAAGGAGGUGGAACUGCAGCGGAUCGCUGCCGAGACUCUGUCCCAUCUCAUCCAGCGCUAUAUGAUCGCCACCCAGGUGGACACGAGUUGCACGCGCCCUCAGAUCUACGAGAUCGAAACGGAGGAUGCGAUUGUGAACAAAUACCAUAUGCACUACCAGGUAAUAGAUGGUUCCAAUAAAAGCCAAAAAUGGGCCGUUCAGGCACUGAGGCCCUUUGUCCUGGCCUUUCGUCGGGAGUGCGCCAAGAUCAACAUGGAUGAGGACACUCCUUUUGUUAUGGGCGAUGCCUUUCACAAGCCUAUUAAGUUUUUCAUUGAUCUGGUGGAUGAGAUAUUUGACUAUUUUUACAGUGCCUACUUGCAACUGGAUUGUGGCGCCCGGCUAUUGGAUCCUAUGGACAUUAAGAGCAUGGAACAGUACAAGAUAUUGCUGGCCCCGAACGAGGAUUUUGAAGAAUACUUCAUGCAUAACAUGAGCUUCUGCAAGUGCCUCAGAAUACCGCCCAAGUGUAUCGAGAAGAAGGUGGACGAUUGCCAGCCGAAGAAGGAUGUGCGGGACCACUACAUGAACGUGGCCAAGAAGUCGAGGUGUGCCCGUCGGGUGGCCAAAAUGGCGGGCCAAUUGCCGGAGUCCACUCCGGUUGUCGCGAAACCGGUCGAGUCGAUGGUGUUCAGCAGUGUGGUCAGCGAUAUGAGGCUACGAAACGAUAUCGUGGGCAACUCCAAAACGUCAUUGCCCAAUGCUGGGGAGUCCGCUUUCCGGCAGAUCCACGAACGCUACGUCUCCGACCAGCUACGACGGGCACUCAGUCUUUCCAACUACAGGUUAAUUGCGGACUAGGCCUUCGAAUACUACUUGUUGAUCUAAUUCUUUUGGUUUUCCCACAAAUCUCAACCAAGUGACAUUAAAUUGUAAAAUCGUU